UUCCUAUUUCGCAGUGUCGAAUAACACAGUCGCUAAUUACGAAGUCGCCAAAUCUCCGGUAUCGUUCCGCCCGGUUGUCAUUGCCCAGCCCGUUUGACCCCGAUAUCUACGCAUGGCUCCUCCGAGAUUCGAGAGAACUAAACCUGUCCUUACUGCACGAAGCCGAAAGACUGGCGCCAUCCUUCUUUGUUUACACGGCAUCUCGUCUCGAUAUUAGCAUCUCCAUCGCAAUUCUACAGUCCCAGAUAUGAGACUUCGUUCGUCCGUUGCCACCGUGUCUCUGGGACGUUCAUCCGCCGGGCACACACUCUUCCAGAAGCUCCAACAAGCCGCGAGGUACUCGUUCGAAGGCAUCGAGAUCUUUGACGAAUGCCUCGAAUAUCAUGCCCGGGCUCUUCCCGGAGGUCUGACCGAGGCCAAUCUUCUCACGGCCGCAAAACAAACCAGGGCAGAAUGCGACAGACUCGGUCUGGACAUAGUCUGUCUCCAGCCUUUCAAGCACGCUGAUGGUCUCACCUCCGCCGACGAGCGCAAAAAGGUCGUUCAGAAACUUCGAUUCUGGUUCAGGAUCGCCAAGAUACUGGGGACCGACAUCAUCCAAAUACCGACGAACUUCCAAGAACAUGGAACGACAGGCGACUUGGACAGAAUCACGGCUGACCUAGUCGAGUUUGCUAGGCUCGCAGCCAAGGAAACCCCCGUCAUAAGAAUUGCCUACGAAGGCGUCUCCUGGGGCAAGCACAUCGACACAUGGGAGGGCACAUGGGAGAUCGUGAAGAGGGUCAACAUGCCCAAUUUAGGGCUCUGCCUGGACACGUUCCACAUCGCCAGCAGAGUCUGGGCAGACCCGACUUCCCCAACCGGGAGAAACCCCAGGGGUGACCAAGCCUUGGCGGCUACGUUGGCGAAGAUGGCGAGGGAACUAGACGUCGACAAGAUAUUUUACAUCCAAGUCGGCGAUGCCGAGAUGCUCGAUUCUCCGCUAAUACCGGGGAAUCCGCUCUAUAUCCCCGGCCAGCCCGAGAGGAUGACCUGGUCGCGGAACGCUCGGCUUUUCCCCUUUGAGACCGACAAAGGUGCUUACCUGCCCAUACCGAUCAUUCUCGACGUCAUCAUCAACGUCCUUGGUUAUCGGGGGUGGGCUAGCCUCGAAUCUUUCAGUGCGGAGCUGUUUGUGGAAGAUGAGUCGUUGCCAGAACGGUACGCCGAGCGGGGCCAGCGAGCGUGGGAUAUUUUGCAGCAGCUGUAUAAUUAGAUGAGAGAAUACGCACGGUCUGG